CACUAAUAGACAAUCCGUGAUGUGAAAUCCAGGUUGACCAUUUCCAAAACUUGAGCUUUGUUUUUAGUAGCCAUUUGGGGGGAUUAAGUUUUUAACCCAUUUGUCUAAAUUUUUAGGAAAUGGAAAGGUUUAUCAGUUAACCUUUUUUUAAGCUUCGUUUUUAAUAUAGUUGCAGCUAACGUAUGAUGUUUUUAAUAUAAUAUCAACUGGGCCAUUUGCGUUACUGUUAGAAUAUGAUAAUGGAAAGAUGGAACCGGUAAAGGUAAUUGAAGGGACCUUUUCAACAACUUUUCCAAGCACUACAAUCAUGAUUCAUGGGGUUGGUUUGGUGCAGGCACUCCUAUCACUUACCAUGUGAGACUACCACACUAGUAUAUUAUUUAGCAUCCUUUUCAUAACAAAAAGUAGUGUAUUAUUAGUCUCCUCUUUAUUACAUCUUUCAUCUCUUUCCAAAUUAUUCAUCCACAUAAUUUCACAGACUAUCUUCCAGGUUGCUAACGUACAACUACUUUGUGCUAUAUAUGUGUUUAUUUUAGUAUGCCUAGUUUUUGUUUUAUCAGAUAGUCAAUUAAAUACAUUGUGCACUACAAGUGGAUUAAGUGUUGUAUUGAGAAACUAUGUACCUAACACUCAAUGGCCAACUUCGCCAUAUAUUUAGAAGAAAAGGUCUAAUUAAAGCACGAUUGUUACGCAUCAUAAAAGCCAGCGUAUAGCCUCAUCCAUCAUAGCACGACAAACUUCAAAAUUUGCACAAUAGAAAAAGAAUGAUUCUUCAUUCAGAAAAUGGGCAUAAGUUGUAUAAAGAACUUUCCCCCUCAUCACAAUGAGAAUAACUCAACAUCGAGUUUCAAACAACUCUUUCUUGCUUAUGAUUCUCAAUAUCUAAUCCUAAUGUUGUAACGACUCAAUAAACAACAUCCUCUCGAUAUGCUAUAUGCUCAAAACUUCACAUUGCCUCCUAAAACAAUAACCUAAACAGAGACAAAUCUUUGGAUCAGGAGACACUUCAUACGAUAAAAAAAAAACAAUUUGCACCCUCCUACUAACCAUAACAAGUGUGUUGGUGUCAUUACCGACAAUGAGCUAACCAUGCUAGUUAGUGUUCAAUAGAAUACGGUGCCCCAUGCAAUCUUAUGCAAUGGGACUUAGGCUCUAGCGUCGCAGAGACUGCUUCCUCACAUUUUCUCAAACCGGAUGAUUUGAGCGUUGAUAACACUCUCGUUAUUACGAAUAUAGACCAACUGAAAUUUAUGAAACUUUUACCAAGUACGAGAGAUUAUGACCAAAUUACCUAUUAAGUCAUAAAACGAUAUCUCCAAGAUCAAAUUGAUAAUUAACUUGCCACAAAUUGAUCUCUAUUCUACGAAUAACAAAGGAGGAAACCAACCACCGCCACAAGGAAUGCGUUAGGGUGGUAACUGGAUUUCUAGUAGCCACCGUGGCUACAUUAGUAUCCACCAUUUAUUUUCUUCUCUUUCCUCUUUUUUUAAUCUAACGGUUAAGAUUGCCUCAGGAUAAUUUUGGAAGAAAAAAAAAGACCACACUUGAUUAUUCUAUAUAUUUUUCCCUAACCCUACUUCUACAGCUAAACCCGUUGUAGCCGCAAUCUCUCACCCUCCCCGACGAUGGCUUAGGGUUUGCGAGAGGCUGAGGGCCACCGCCCUCUCUCGCCUCCCUGUCUGCCAGCUUCUUCCUCGGCGGCGACCUGAGUUUAGAGAGGAGAUCGACGCCGCAACCUUCCUUCGCCGCCAGCUCCGCUUCUUCAUCUGUCGCCGCCUGCUUGUCAGACGACUCCUUCCACGCCUCUUUCUCCGACAGCCACUGGUUGACCAUUCAAAAGAGAGAUCGGCGUCAGAGACGGGGAGAAAAAAUCUUCUUCAACUGUCUCGGCUUUUUGAGUCGCUUCCCGUGGGGGAUCUAAUGCUACAGCUCUCUGACCACCAGGCGGUAUGGACAAAAUCCGAGAGACCCGAGAAGGAAUCGACAACGGAAAAGCCACUGCUGCUUGGCCUCUCGGAAAUAAUAAUGGAGCUGAAUGGCCUACUCCAGGAAAGCUCAACGGAUUCCUCAGUGAAGGCCUCAGAAGCUCAACGGAUCCCCCACGGGCGAGCCACCAGUCGGAUCCGCGCUCACCCUCGUCUCCGCAAUGCAAAUCGGCAGCCCUGUGCCGCCUCUUCCCUCGUCGGUUCCUCUUGCGGCAUGGUUAACGGCGCAACCUCCACCGUUUGUUCCAUCAUCUCCGUCGCUCCGACUGGACUCGUCGUCCCGUGCGCGCCUAGGGAUGUCGUGCAGACCUCCAACAAUCUUUUAAGGAUUGAUACAUUUUUUUAAAAUGGUAGUCAUUUUUUCCGUAGUGGUAGUGUUUUUGUCGCAUUGGUAUUGAUUUUGUUACAUUGGUAUUGAUUUGUCGCAUUGGUAGUGAUUAAAUCUGCAAUGGUAUUGAUGUUUUGUGAAAUGGUAGUGUUUUUAUUUCUCGAAUUGUAUUGAUGUUUUGUACAAUGGUAGUAGUUUUUUAAUGGAUUGGUGUUGAUUUAUUGUUUUGUUGUUGCAGCGGUAUUAGUUUGGAUGAACGAAAUCAAGGAAAGAUUGAGAAAAAGAAAGAAGAGAGAUCUGACUGAAAAAUUGUGGAAGUUAGAGAAAGAGAGAGAGAAAAUUGUAUUUAAUAUAUUUAUGUAAUUUCC